GGACAAACUUCUUAAAAUAUAUUGAUUUUCAAUCUUUUGGCCAGACUUAACUUUUAAACAUUUUCCUCAGAUUCAGUAUUUUUUUCAUCAUGCCGGACAAUUUAAAUAAAGGCAAACUUGAAAAGAUUUAUGAAAACGUCAAGCCAGUUCUAAAAGAUACAAAGAGAACAUCAACGCCUCGUUCCUGGAGGCUGUGGUUGUGUUUAGGGAUAACUUUCUUCCUCCUGUUGGGAAGCAUUGCGCUCAACAUCUGGACAAGUCUUCAAUUGAAUAAACAGAAAGCAAACAUCAGUGAAUCGACAAUGAUGAUGAGAGACUUCAAAAAUCCUAAUGAAGAGCUGAUUCAUGAGAAUCGUGUCCUGAAGCAGCUUCUGAAGGCUGGAAACUUUCCAUUCUCAGAAUAUUGUAAUGGCAAAGAGUGGCAGCCAUGUCGGAAAGGUUGGAUUGAGUUUCAGAAAAAGUGUUAUCUGUUUUAUAAUGAAUCAACUACGAAGAACCUUGAGGGAAGUCAGCAGUACUGUAAAGACAAAGCUUCAGAUUUGGUUACAGUUGAUAAUUUGCAGGAACAAGAAUUUCUCAGUAAUCACAGUACCUACUACUAUGACGAUCAUCAUGGAUACUGGUUGGGGCUACGUAAAGUUAACAACAUUUGGCAAUGGCCUGAUGGACGCCACGACACUCUUCGGUACUGGAUGGAUCAACCCUUUGGUGGCUCUGGUCCUUACGUUCUGUUGAUCCCUGGAAGACCUCCAACAAAGAGCUGGGACACGUCAGAUGCUGCGUUUCAUAAUAGAUUAAUAUGUGAGCAAGAAGCCCUGAUAAUUCCUCAAACUCACUCCACUGAGUCUUUUGAGAACCUUUGUGGGGAAACUCUGCAGGAUUAGCGUCACAACUCUGUGAGUGGACCCAUCGCCAGGGAAUUUCCACAAGUACAUCUGAAAUGUCCAUGACCCAAUAUAAGCUUUACUUAAUCCAAUGCUACACUUUGCAGAUGCUCUGUAUGCACUGAUGAAGAUUAACUUAAAUGCUAGAAGAGCGCAACUUUGAUUCCCAGAUGUUCAGCAGAUUGUAUAGUUUGAGACUGUGAUGACAUAUUAAAAGUAAGUCCACCCUGUCCUGAUGCAGUAGAAGACUGAAGGACCGUCCAUCCCAGAGUUUAGUAACCAAAAAGUUAGAUUUGAACCCCUCAAACGUUAAACAUUAGGCCUUUAAGGCUGCAGCAGAGUGCAUGUCUGUCUGUUUGUGCAGCUGCAAGUGGUAGUAGAGCUACGUAAUGAGAAAGAUGCAAGAGAAAGUUCCAGUUAAACACAUUCUAAAAAUGAUUAGUUAAACAUGUUAAAAUGCUCAGAGCUUAUUGGCUGCAGUUUAACUGUCAGCAGCAGCAGUGAUGGAGUCUAAAGUCUGUUACACAUGCAGGAACUGAGAAAUGGGUUUUCACCACAAUGGUUGCACAGUUGUGGUGAAAACACAUUUCUCGCUUCUUACAGAGUAUGCAACAAGCUUUAAACAUCAACCAAGCAACUCAUUUAUUUAGCAGAAAGCUAUAGUAGAUGCACUGUAGCAGCAGGUUAAAGAUGUAUAUUUAAUAGUUUAUGGAAGUAUGAACUGGGUUCCAUAUGUAGCCCCUUUACUGAGUUUAUGCAGCUAAUUCAAGAAAGAUAUAAAUUUGGCAAAUUUAUAGGGGAUUUCUAUACUUUGGUUGACUUGAAUCUUAGCAGUUCUAACACAAGUAUUACUAA